AUGGAGACUAUCGACCCCUCCACAGGUAGACCUUUACCACCCGAUGCACUCCAACGAAUCCUCUUCAUCGCACCUUCAGUCCACGUCUAUAACAUUCCACCUCUUACCUCGAAUAAAGGCUACGUAGCUGCUACCUGGACUGCGGACAACAACAAACGACAAAUCUUCACUGCGCGAGUUCGUAUUCUCGAAACAGCUAUCCCGGAUAAAAAUGGCGAGGAGAAAGUCAAAGCAGAUAUCUUGCUCGAAGAUCCAAGUAACGGGCAGCUAUUCGCCGCAGCUCCAUACACAGUAACGGGUGUGGUAGAGCAAGUACUGGAUAGUUCACGAUUUUUCGCAGUCAGAGUACAAGGAGAAGGAGGAAUGAAAGCGGUUCUGGGAAUAGGGUUUGAAGAGAGGUCGGAAGCAUUUGAUUUUAGUGUGGCAUUACAAGAAGUGAGAAAGACGUUGGGGAUUGAGGAACAAGGAGGAGGAAAACCUCCAUCUGCGGGAAUGAAGAAAGGAGAAGAGAAAUCGGAGGUGAAGAGGGAUUUUAGUUUGAAGGAGGGGGAGACGAUCACGGUUACUAUUGGAGGGAGAGGUGCGGGUAGGAGGGCACCUAAAAAGAGUGAAGAAUCUGAGAGAGGGCUGGGUGGGUUUUCUUUACCUCCUCCGCCGGGUGGAGGAGGCAUGGGCGCAUUUUUACCACCACCUCCAAGUGCACAGGCGAUUAAGGCUCAGAAGAGAUUAAGCCAGAAUAAUAUGGAGGCACCUUCAAUACCUGAACCAUCUGCUGAGGAAUUAGGGUUCGAUGAUGGAGAGUUUGGAGAGUUUCAAUAG